AUGGCAGCGCCUCUGUUGUUGGCAUGGAUCGCCUCCUUUGUGCUUCGGCACGCGCGUACCGAUGUGGAGCGUGCCAUUGGAGCGACCCGAGUCCUGGUGUCAGUUGAGAGGGCCUUGCAAGCGUGUUGGGCCCUGCCACAGGAGGUGACUCGGAGUUUGGUAAAGGCGCAGCUUCAGCUCAAAAAUGCUGAGCACGCCUUAAAGACCGAGGUGGCAUUCCUGGCCAACGGUGGCGGACAGCGAUUCUGGUUCGAUCGCUUUGGGUGGCUCCGAGACGAGUUUCCGCUGCGAGAGAACUGGGAGAGGGAGUGGCGCACAAGCGCCAACGGCUUCCAGAAGGAUGUGGAGAGGUACUUGACCGUCAUCGACCUCCAGCAACAGUUUUUGGUCUUCGCCGGACUCUGCAAGUUGGCAACUGCGUUCGAUGAGUUGGCCCAACUUUGCAGAUGGCCAUUCGGAUUUUACGUCCGCAACCUUGGAGUGAGUCCCGCUCAUGGCAGGGCAGUGUACGCUCGCCAGUCAGCAGGGAAGGCAGAAGUCGAAGAGGAGGUGCGAAACCUCCUGCAGAAUGCCGACACGAAGGCAUUAGUGGGAUCUGUGCGGAAGAUCAUGCAGGUGUUGGAACACCAUGGCUUGGCAUGCCGCCAAUGCCUGAGUUGCAUGAAGGUGGGCGUGCAUGACGCUAACCGAGAUGGUCUCGGUGUGUCGGCCUUCGACUGCCACAGGUUGUGCUCUGAGAUCAGCGACAUCGGCUACGACAGCCAGGAGUUCAAGGGGGUGGCAAUUCAGCUGCAGGGGGCAGAGCUGGACAGGAUCCAGGCCUUCAACAGGAAGUUGCAGGAGGAGGCCCACGGCCUUUUGGGUGGCGCAAGUGACAUGAUCAGGUACGCAAGUUUGGCUGGCUCUCACGCCAACUACGCCAUGAGGUGCUUCGCAUCGCAUGUGGAACACAAGGAUGAUGAGCUCACGUUGGACGGCCGACUCUCGCUAGAGAGGCUUGCGUCGAAGGAUGGCGCCUUCUACAAGGCCAUCGUUGAUGGCGAGACAUGGAUGGUGCUUGAUGCCACUUGCUCCACCACCUGGCCAACGCUGGCCGAGACAGUGCAGGCAGCUUACAAUGCGGCUGGGCAGCUGGCGAGGCAUGAGACUGACCUUCAAGUGAUGAAGAAGCUGCACACGUGCAUUGUGCGCCUGGGAGGUGCAUCCUACGAGAAGGUCAAAAACCAUGUGCUGCGUUCCAAGCCCCCGAAUGCAGGUGCAGUGCCGCGCAUGUACACCUUCGUCAUGCACUUCGCUGGGGGGCGAUCAGGUGAGUUCCUGAGAGAGACGGAGGCCUUCUUGCGCAUCAAGUGCGUGCCUGCAAGGCACUUGGCAGUCGAGGUGUACGAAUCCCUCGCAACCGAGAUGCGACACACGGGAGCGCAACAAUUCCCCAAGUGCCGCCACGCGCUUCUUAAGGCACUCUUCACCAUUGAGUCUCGGAUCACGGCCAGCGACCUUCGACGUCUCUUCAGCCAGAAGUCAGGUAUGAUGCCACAGCUGGAGGAAUGUGAGGGGUUGAUCAUGGAUGUGCAGAAGCUCUUCAAGGACCUUGACGUGCCAGCUGAGGUCAAGUUGCAGCAUCAAGGUGACUUUGAGAUCUCUUUGAUGUUCUGCCUGUUGCAGAAGAAGGAGCCAGGCAAAGAGCAGCACGACAGUUUGCAAAGUGUUGCUCACAGUGCAGUGAUGCUGAUGAGGGAGCAUUCUGGUUUGAAGACUCCUGACCUCGUCUCCCCAUGGAUGCGUGAGUACGACGAGAGCGGGAAACAGCACACCACUGCAGCCUUGGAAGAGGCAGGCUUCGCGGUGAGCCAGCGGGUGCUCCACAAGAAGACCAAACAGGAGGGCGAGAUUGUGGCCAUGACUUCGGAGAAAGUCACGAUCAACCUAGAUUCAAAGACGACCAUGACUGUUGGCGCACAGGAUUUUCUGAUGGGCCAAUGGCAGACAGUGAAGGCCAAGGCGCCCAUCGAGUUUCUUGCCUGGGAAGAUCGGGAGCCGUUCAAGUCGGUGGAGGUCUCAGUCAUGGAGCUCCAGGCCAGUGCAUGCUUGGCCCUUUGCGAGGCCGCCAAGAAGAAGAGCCUGGAAGGUCUGAUUGCAUUGCAGACCAAACCUGCGAAAGACGUGAUUGCAGCAAAGGCGAUCUUGAAGCAUGCCUUGCAGAUCAUCCCAGUGACCUCAAAGAUUCAGGUGCAGGAGGCCACGAAGGGAAAACAGGUUCCGCCUUCGGCGAUCUCCAUGGGCCAGAAGAAGAUUGGUGAAGCUGUCUUUGACAUGUGGCUCAUGCCGCAUCCUUUGAAGGAGGGUUGCCUCGUGAGCCCGGCUUUCAUGGUGCGGAGCGCAGAGGAUGAAAGCAAGGCCAACAUGGAGAUCUGGCCGGCGCUGGGCAGGCAACAGGUCAAGGAGCUGAAAGUUCCAGUGUUGAGGAACACGAAGGCUGUGAAGAAGGGAGAACAAUUGCUGGUCUAUAGGCCCAAGGUGGAGGCUGAGGCAGCGGAAGAUCCAACAGGGCAUCCGAAGAAGAAGACAAUGGAGCGCCGCAGUGGAAAACAAUCCAAUUCGGUGAACUACCAAUGCCUUGACUCGCUCUUGAAGUUGCGGCGGCAGGCCUGCAACAGUGCGCUGAGGAAGGCGUUGGCCGAGGCAGAGGCCUGUGAAGAACGCCCUACGAUGAACCUCAGGGGGAGAAAAAAGGAUACCCAAGCGCGCGAAUCCGACAGGGCAAUAGCGGGCCAUAGCGUGUACUUAGACACGCCAGAGACGCAGCGGACGGCAUCGGUGAGAACGCAAGUCUUGUGGAGCGUCCAGUCCUCCGAUCUGUGGGUUGAGUACACUCAGGUGAACUUGGAGUACCUUCGGUCAUGCAUCAUGGACGAGAAGGAGGCACAGGCUUUGGGUCGCACUCGAAAGCGCAAGGCCGGUGAAGCCAACUCACAGGCAGAGGAAUCGCAGAUAGACGACUCACAAGGUCUAGAGGAGGAAGCCGCAGAACCUCCAGUCAUGGAGGAGUCCCAAGGAACCAUUCCUUAUGAUGUGAGAUUCACGGGUGAGAGCUUUCUUGUCACACGCGCUGUCAUGGCUGAUGAUGGGCAUGAUGAAGAGGGCGCGCCCGCAGCGACCAGCGACCCCUAUCUCACUCCGGAUUCUGCAGCUGAUGUGAAGCCCGCAAAGCAUCAACGUGAUGAUCUCAAGAGUGAAGGAAUUGGGUUGGAGCACUCUGGCACUGAUGUACAGGCUGCAAAGCGUUUGCCCGUGAAGGAAGAACCCCAAGACGAGGUCUACACACAUGAACAGUGGUUAGAGUGGUGCGCGUCAGAGGGAUGGGGCGACGAAUCGGAAGGCUGGGGAGAAUGGUACACCUAUGAGUCCUAUGAGCCGGUCAAGGACGAACCGGAGCCAGAGGAGGAAGAAAAGGAGGGCGAGCAGGAGCAGGAGCCUGCGGAGCCUACGGAGGCUGCAGAGGCUGCGGAGCCUGCCGAGGAGAACGAAGGUGAAGAUGAAAUUGAAGAGCUUUUGAUUGACGACUCGGACUCCUCUUCGCCAGGGCAUCAGCGGAGGGUUCAAACGACAGUGUUGCACAAGGCAAUGCCGGUUGAACGUCCACGUCGCGAUGUCCCUCCACCACCUCCAGUACCAAGGAAGAGCGCCAGGACACUUUCAUCCUUGCCGCCUCCGCCACCGCCUACAUCAAUGGCCGCCAGUACAAGACGUGAUGUGCCAGUGCCACCGCCGCCUCCACCUCCCUUUGCUGCUGCAAGGCCAGAUGCUUCAUUGAGAGAUGCUCCAUGGAGGAGGGAGAUGUCUGGAGUGGAAUCUCGAGCAUCGUCGUCAGAAAGGUCGGGGAGCUCCACUGACCGCAGCAGCAGGCGCAAGGGUCAUGGCAAGGGCGGCGAAUAUGUGCCGGGUGGACAUGGCUUUCGGUUGGCCAGCGGCGAGUAUUCAGCGCCCGGUCAAGGACGCAAAAGGACCCGCAACCGUGGAGGAGUGGCCGAGCGAAUGAAGCAGGACCUCCGUCGGCUACAGGAGGAAAGGGACGCCGACCAUUCGGCUCUUCGCACUGCUGUGGAGUUGUCAGGCCAUUUGGUGCUUGGUAGCAAAGGCAAAGGCGGAGAUGCAUUGGAUGGAGGUUCGGCAGGGCCCUUGCUCGCCAUUGCGCAGUGCAUGUAUGCACGCGCCAAAGGUUGCCAGUCGACUGACGUCGUGCAGGGUGGCCUUCAGAGUGUCAGCCCAUGGAGAGAGUUGUUUUCAUGGCUGCGCGUGACGCUUCACAUGAGCGUGCUUGAGACAGAGCCGGCUUGUGUGAUCAAUGGAAAGAUGAUGAAGUCCAUUGGUGAGAAGCCUGAAAAUGCAGCUGCUUCUGUCUUUGCAGCUGGACGAGUUGCCGGGUUCACAACCACUGAUUCUGCCAAGAAUGACUAUAGCCUUUUUAGCGAGUUGAAGAAGAUGAUCAAGCGGAAGGCUGGUCGGGUAGCAACUCCUGACUUCAUCGCAACCUUUCCGCCCAACCCUAGAGAGUUGUCGAUCUACCGGGAUGCCUAUACAGACGAUGACCCGCCACUACAGUUAGACGAGUCAGAAUGCAUCGCAAUGAAGAAUGCGGUGGUUUAUCGAAGCACGAACAAGUCGCUGAGGGAUGAUGCCUCGAAGCAGCAGCAGAUCGUGCCCAUAGCAGCACCAGCUCCACAGCACGUGAACCAGCAGCAAAUGGCCUUCAUGCACCUCAUGCAGAAUUUCGCUGCUUUCAUGAGUGGGGGGUAUUUGAGCGAGCCAGUGGUGGUGCACAAUUCAGCGUGGAGCUGCGAGCUUCUGGCGCACGCCAUAAGCACCAUAGCUCAGCACUUCCACUUGGAGCUUCAUAAGUGCGAUGUGCGGAUCCAUGGAGACAACUCCAGCAAGGAGUUGAAAAACAACAGCUGCCUCCGCUGGCUGUCUGAACUUGUGAGCAGCCACAGGAUCCGGUCUGGAUGCGUAGCCACGCUCCAGGCCGGACACUCGCACGAAGACAUAGAUGCUACAUUCGGGCUGUUGGCGGCCCACUUGGCGGGGUAUUCAGAGCUCCAUGUCCCUCAGGAUUACAUCAGGGCGCUGGACGAGUGGCUCCUGCAACCCAAGCUUCGACCUCGCGAGUCGCUCAAGAUGGUCCGCAAAGUGGAUCGUGUUAGAGACUGGAUGAAGCAGUUCUUGUCCGAUGAAGAGUUCCGGGAACCAAUUCUCCUGCACUUGCCACAGAACAUCGUGCAAGAUGCGACGCAGCUUGAUGAUCAAGCAGCUGAUGCGCAGAAGCUCAGGGUGUAUGCCGAUAAGAUGCGUCAGCCUCCGUAUUUGAUGGAACGAGCUGCAGGCUACUAUGAGAAGAUUGCAAGCCGAGAUUGGGACAAGGGAGACCUCCUUCCCAUUGGCGGGACCUUUCCUCAACUACAGCUUCUUCAGAUGCUGCUGCAGCGCGCCAGGAGCUUUGCCGUUGGUGGGUGGGCAAGCGCCGGCUUCUGCUCCAACUUCUACUGUGCCUUCAAGUGCAAGACAAACUUGUCAUUGCUGGGAGGCUUGCUGCUAGCUGCCUUUCUUUAUUUCUCACAGCGGCCACGGGCGAAGCAAUGCCUGAAGGUGUUGACGGGUUGGAGCAGCUUAGGGCCAUCAGCCUCUGAGCGCUGCCUUGAGAAGCUGGGAUGUGGGCCUGACGACUCGGAGUUCUUCAUUACGCUAGGACCAAUGACUGCGCGCAAGUACUUCAAACAUGUGGACUUUAGCCUCGGCAACCGACAUGGCAUGCUGUUGGAGCGCACCUCCGGCAAGGACUGCCAACUUGUGGUGCAGGAAGUCAAGCCUGUGGAGGUCAAUAUUCUCAUCAAGGAGAAGGUGGUUUUUAUCAAAACGACGGACUUUGUCAAGAAGCUGGCCAGGCUACUUCGAGGAAUUGGUUUGGCUUUGCGGGUGACGGGAAUGAGGACACUGGUCACAAGCGUCGUCAACAAGGUCUACCCAGCUGUUGUGAGCCACUACACAAAUGUGGAGAUCAAUGCUUUCGAGCCAGCCCACGCCUCCAAGGGUAAGAUUUCCAAGGCCAAGCUCAAGCAGUUUGUCAAGUUUGUUGAUGUGACGUUUGAAGCGUCGCCUGGCGUGUGGGAGCCCAAGGGCUGCUUUAUCCGACCAUGGCAAGUGAGCUUCCACCGAGAUGCAGGGUUCAAGGGGUAUGUGGACCUGUUCUUAUCAGACCCAGAUCUGGGUGGGUGCGAGAAGAUUUCAGUUUCUUUGCCGACCUCGGGCAUGUGUGCGCAUCGGCCACCACUUACGGUGGCGGAUGUGACUGGCGCGACUGAUGGAGCAGACCUGGUGGAGCCCAUGGCUCUCCUCAUAGUGAAAGGUUGGACAAGGUGCUUUGCCUUGUGGUUUUUGAUGGCGUGUGCUUGGGAGAGCGAGGAAUACUUGAAGGCGCUGCAACCAGAAGUGCGCAAGCCCUGUGUCACGUUAUCAAGUGCCGCAACGAGAAAGCGCCCCAACGCUUUCAAUAUCUUAUGGCAGCUGCGACUUUUGAAGGACGCUGCAGUUGAGUUUGAAGAGACAUGGAAAGAUGUCUCCACCUUCCAGAGUUCCUUCAGCAUUGGGCGCGCUGAAGCUGAUGCUGCUUUCAACAUGCUCACCAAGAUGGAUGCGCUCCGGCCUUGGGACGCGCAGCUACAAAACACGGUUGGUGCGGUGAAUCUCAUGGUCGACCGCCUCAAGGGCGACUAUGAGGCACUUGCGCUGCGAAUGCGGAAGCCUUGGGUUGAUGAGUCCAGGGAGCAGCGUGCCCAGCAGCCGCUCCAAAAUGAAAUGGACAGCCUGAAGAACAAAAACACGUCCGAAAAAGUCAAGAAGGAGCUUGGCGACAUGGAGGUGUGGGCGCAGAAGAAACUUGAGUGGGGGAACCGACAGGGGAACGUGGAUGUCCGAUACUUAGCAGACCGUUACAGCAAGGGCGUGCAGAAGGUGCAGGAUUUCUGCGCCAGAAGCCAUCGGCUCAUCUCCAUCGGCCCCGACAACUUCAGCGACAGCCAGGCAGAGAUGAUGCGAUUUGCUGCUGCUGCAAGCGAUGACGGUUCAGCUUGGGUCGACGACACCUUGAAGGUGGCAAAGUCUGUAUGCAAUUCUCGGCCAAAUGCAGCGCUUUUGGUCUUGAGCCCGGUCGUCCACAGUGGCGUCAACUUGCACGCCAUAGUGACGAAGAGGCGUGCUGUGGAAGACAAGCCCAGAGUGAGUGACCUCCAGAAGGUUGAUGACGCUGCAUUGAGCCCUGCCCAGCGAGCUCAGCAGAAAGGGGUGGCAGGUUGUGGACGCAUCCUUUCCACGAUUUUGGAGGGCGUUCAAGGGUCCAAAGUUCUGGCGGUCGACUUCAUGUGCUCGAGGUUCAAUGAGUGGAGCCAGGCUGUUUGGCAGAGCCAGAAGAAUGCGCUGUCUGGAGCAUCUUCUACUUGGCAGUGGCGGUUCAUGGGCAUUGUUGUGGACUUGCCGGAUGUCCCCCUGCGCGACCAGUUGGCGCAAAAGUUGCCAGCAGCUGUAAGCGAUGAGCGACCUUUGGAUUUGGCAACCACGCAUGCCUUUGAGGACGACCAUAUCAUUCCACGUGACCGCUUGUCGGCGGAGCCACUUUUUAGCAAGGGCUUGCGAUUAGCGAUCGAUGUGCUUUGCUCGUUGAAGGCUUGCAGCAACAUGGCUAGCAACAGCAAAGUCAAGGUUUACGUGACCAAAGACUACAAGGUUUACUUGGCCAACGAGACUGACGCCAGCCUGGAUGUCAAGCAUGGUGAGAUUUGUGGUUUUGGGCUUGGGUCCUUCACUGAGAAGCUUGCCAGACAAGUCCCGGGUACUGAUGACGGUUUAGCUUGGUGCCUGCGUGGGGACCAUGAGACCGUCGUCUACACCAAGGAUGAUGUGAAGAAGGAGAUCAGCGUGGCGAGUUUGAUUUGCAUGAUGGCACAGAACUACGGCAUCAUGGAAGUGCUGCUGGCUGACCACAACAUGCAGCCUUUGACAAAGGCCAACGGAGAGCCCCGCCCGUUCCGCUAUGGUGUGGUCGCCAAGAGUAAAGUGGCGUGCUUUGCGCCGAAGAAGCUCGAUGGCGACCUUUUGAACUUGCGACCAACACAGUUGGGGGGUGUCUUCGAAGCAGCCUUCUCCAAGCUUCCCAAAACGACGACCUGCCAAGUGCUAUGGCAAGUCAAGUGUGACCAAUCGUGUCCGGCUGAAGUGAUUCCCUUAAAGCCCAAGCUGUGGCUUUGUGCUGACACCACGCUUCGGGCAGGCUGCGCCCAUUGGCUGAAGCCAGAGGCGAAGCCGCUCAUGUCGUCGCGUUUGGAGGAUGUGACAGCGCUCUCUGACGAUGAGCCGGCGGGUGAGCAAGGUAAUGGUGGGCAAGAUGAAGGUGUGAUGAAAAAACCAGCGGCCAGCAGCGAGGGCAAGGCUUUGAAGGUUUACAAAGAGUUCUACAAAACUAGUAACAGCUACGGCUUGAAGAUGAAUGGGAAGCAAGUGAUGGCAGUGUCAGCCAAAGGGCGCAAGCAUGUGACGGCGGAUGAAAUUCGUGAUGUGGCGGACACUUGGCCAGGUGCAGCUAUGAUGGACGCUCGCGAGAACGCCAACCUUGCUUCGAAGGAGAAGAAAACGCUUGAGAAGAAAGCGGAGCUGGCAGCCCCAGAUCCUGAAGGUCUUGACGCAGAAGAGGGCGGCGAGGAAGAGGCGGCCGCCGAUGGUGAAGGCGAUGACCGCUGCGUUGAGGAUGUCGAGUAG